AUGACUAGAUUUCCUGUUUUAUUUGUAAAUCAUGGUGCUCCAAACCAAAUUCUAGAUAAACAAGACAAAACUACACAGUUUCUCUCCAACUAUAGAAAUUGGGCUAAACACCCACAGCCAGAGGCAAUCUUGAUCGUCUCUGCUCACUGGGAGGAAAAGGAAUUUCACAUCACCAAUUCAACAACCAAUCUUAGUACUAUACACGAUUUCUAUGGAUUUGAGGAUGAGCUGUACCGUCUUCGUUACAAUCCAGCUACUUCACCAAGUUUGAUCAAUCGUAUAACAGAGUUGUUUGGUAAAAGCGGCAGCAAUCAACAGCAACAUCAAUUCAAACUUGGAAUGUCACCAACACGUGGAUUGGAUCACGGUAGUUGGACUCCACUCAAAAUGAUGUAUCCAGAUGCCGAUAUUCCAGUUGUCCAACUCUCAUUGCGAUCCAACCUCUCUGGCAUCCAACACUAUCAAAUGGGUCAGUUGUUGCAACCGUUGCGUGACGAAGGCAUUCUCAUUGUGUGUAGUGGUAGCACUCUCCAUAAUCUUAGCCUUUUCUUCAGAACUAGAGCAGACGAGUCGUCACCGAUCAAGGAGUUCGAAGACUGGAUUCAAAGCAUAUUGACAGACACUCAAUUGACUCGCGAACAACGUACCACACAACUUCUUCAAUACGAAAAAGCACCGAAAUUCCGAUUGGCUCAUCCAAGAGAGGAGCAUUUCAUCCCACUGAUUGUUGCAGCCGGUGCAGGUAUUGAAAAUUCAGAAAGCUCCACUGGUGUUGCAACUCUUAUUCAUAGCAAUUGGAAACACCCAUCUUUUUGUCUAUCUUGUUUCCAAUGGGAUUAA